AUGUCCAUACAAAACUCUACUUACUCAUUGAACAGUGUUUCAACAGAUGACAGUAUUGCUAUGCUUUUAGAGUGCGAUGAAACCUUAGAAGACAAGCCUUCAUCUACAAACAUCUUUCGAAUCCCGAGUCAAGUCCUGCAUCCUCCUUCCGACUAUUUAUCCUUGCUAAAAGAUAAAGAAAGCGAAUAUUCCGUAAACCCGAAACAAUGACUGAGCAUGCAAACCCAGCUGAAUUCAGAAAUGAGAGGAAUUUUAUUAGACUGGCUGAUGGAAGUGAGCGGAGAGUAUCGAUUUAAACGUGAAACAUAUUAUUUAGCUAUGUCGUAUGUUGAUAGAUAUUUGCUACAGAAACAGGUUGAAAAAGAUGUUUUUCAACUCAUUGGUUUGGCAGCGCUUGCUAUUGCAGUAAAAGCAGAAGAAAUUAAAACACUUAAACUUGAAGAUCUUGCUAAAGAUCAAAGAAAGAUUUUGAAUAAAAAUAUAUAGCUUUUAAAGCUGAAUUUGACGUUUAUAAUUCUACUAUAUUGUUAAAAGUAGUAUUAUCGCUAUGAAACAUUUUUUAAACCUGAAAUAGGAAAUUGAGCUAAUUAAUAGACACUAAUAUAUAAAAUUUUAUAUAAAAUAUUUAUAUUUAUUCCUCUUAAAAUUAAAUAUGCAUUAAAAUGGCGACACUUGGUUGCCUGCCCUCUUGGCGCAGCAGUCCAGACCUUAUGACUACGGCGAACUGGGACAGACACCGAGCCGAGAAUCAAGUGCAGGUUCAAGAGAUGUGUAUACGGUAGCUUUUGGCUACUUUCUUCUGGUUGGAAAUGGAGGCGCUCAGCAAAGGCCUUUGAUCCGAGGACCCAUUGGUAUUCCUUCACUGAGAAACUGGGGUUUUCGACCCCGGCCACAGGGUAGUAGUUCUUUUCCUGUAGCUGUCGAAAGAGGCAUUUCGGCACCCAACAGACUCCAAGGAUCUUUGGAAUCAACAAACCCCCUAGCAGUGUCGCAGAAAUUCAUAAGCAGUCAAGACUGAAGCGCAAGGAGAGAUAGAAGAUAUCGGAAGUGGCAUAGACUCUAUGGGCUGGAGUCGAAAAGCGGUAGAACCUCCCAUACUGGAGGUCUUUUGGUGACUUUUGUAACCAAUAUGGUUAACGCUGACUUUUAAUAAUUCUAAUCUAAUCCUCUUAGAAUUAGAUUAAUCUUUUUACACAAAUAUAAGAUCCCUUUAAUAAAAUGAACGAAACUGGCAAUUUUGAUUAAAUUGUAUAAUUAAGUAGCCCAGCUAAAGCAGCUGAUUAUGCUUUUGAUGAAAAUGAAAUUAGAAAGAUGGAAAUUCAAUUACUAGCACAGCUUCAAUGAAAAAUAUAUCCCAUAACACCUUUUCACUGAUUAAGCUAUCUUAUGACUCAAUGAGAUAUUUAUAUUAUGAGCAUGUUUAAUAUGUUUCAUAUGGAGCAAGAUCAAUUCAUCACUUAUGACCGAGAAAUAUUCCGAGAUGUAGCUGAAGAAGAAAUAGUGAUUCUUUUCAAACAGCCUAAUAAGUCAGCUUAUAAAAGGUACAGAGAAGCGCUAUUUCUGCUAGAUAUGUUGCACGGCUCAAUCCAAGUGAUUGCUGAAUUUAAGAGUGCGAUAUUUUCUCGGGGAAUUUAGAGAAUUUUUUGAUAGUAGUCAUAUGACCCAAAAAAAAACAUUAAAGGCAGGUUAUUUAUGUCGUAUACUACCAAAAAGGACAUGAUCAUUCGACCCUGCACCCAUGUUGCACAUGGAGCUUUCUUCAUAUACUUUUACCUCUAGAGAAUUGGGUAUUGGACUUUUAUAUACCCAUUACUGUAAAAUGUUUCCUAUUUUUUUGUGUCAUCCUCUAUAUAAAUCGAAAUUUAAUUAGCUCGUAAAAGCAUAUAUUUUGAUAAAAAAAUAUUUCGAACAGUCAAAUUUCUCAUUAUUUCUACUCCACAACGAAUUUAAAACACAUUUUUACAAUGAAGAAGCAAGCGAUGCAGAAAGAUACACGCAAGGCUCUCUAAUUUUAUAUGAAAUAUUUUCUGAUUUUGCUGCAAAAACAGCUGAAAUUUAUGAUCUCCAAGACAUGGGAUUUUUGUUUCAGCUAAUUUCACUAUUUUCUAGUUGUGCUCCGAAUUUGAAUUUCAGAAGCUUUGAUAUUAGAAGGGAGUGCGUUGGAAGGGAAAGGAAUCAAUUGAGUUACGAAGAAUUUCUUGGCAUACAAACUUAUAAUGCUGAAGUUUGGAAAACUGUAAGCGAAAUAAUAAAAAGUUCGGUGUAA